AUGGCCCUGGUCAACAGGACGUUCCGGUACGCGUCCCUGCACCCGGCGCUGUCGCAACGAGAGUUGUUCGUGUACACCGCUCCGGUGCAGCGGCUGCGGGUGGACGACCGGCGGCGGCGGUUCGAAGACUUCAAAAAAGCGUUGCGCGAGCCUCGGAGGAAACGGUUGUGCCUGAAGUUCUGCGGCACGAACCGCGCGGACAUCGGUAGGGUGUUCGGCGGCGGCGCCGGUUGGCCGCCGUCCGUAGUGUCGCUGCACCUGGACGGCCAGAGCUGUCUGACCGACUCGUUCCUGGACGCGAUCACCGGCUGCUGUGUCGGUCUGCAGGAGCUGCGCCUCGAGAACAUCGGCCGGCUGUGCGUGGCCGACAAGCCCCGACGACCGAUGCUCGCGUUGCGCAGCGUGCGCUUGCACCGGGUGGGCGUGUCGGACGGGUGUUUCGACGCGUUGAUGGGUUGCGCCCCGAACGCCGCGGACGUGGGCAUCGAUAACUGUCAGACGUACGAGUGGCUGGACCCCGCGGACGCGGCCGUCGCCAGGAUUUCCAACGCCGGGCUGUCGGACGCCAAAAUCGUCGGUUACCUACAGGGCACCGCGGCCCGCACCGUGGACAGCCUACGGUUGAAACAGUGCUGUCACGUGUUCGGCGCGAUACGGUCCCGGGUCCUUCGGCUCAAGUCGCUGCUGUUGAGCCAGGACAAACCGUACCUGUACACGUGUCGGACGAUCGACUGCGAACAACUCGGAUCGGCAUUGGCCCUGCAGGUGUCGCUGCAGUGGUUGGAGAUCAAUCACCUCCCGGCACGUGUACUCGCGGCCGUGUCCGGGCUGCACGGUCUCCGGCACUUGACGUUGAACUUGACGAUCAGUCGCGAUGACGCGGAAUGUCUGCGAAAAUUUGCCGAGUCGUUGCGCGAAAUGAAGCGUAUCAGGACGUUGGCCGUAAACCGAGCGAUAGUGGCGAAAUCAUCGACGGACGAAGGACGCGACGUGCUACUCCGGACGUUCGCGAUACCGGAAUGCGCGUACCAAUCGCUGACGUCUUUGGACUGUUCGUUAGACGGCGGUCUGUGCGUGUUGCGCGCCGGCCAACGGUUGUCCAGCUUGCGGAUCCGAAACGGUGACGUGCUGACGGCCGGUGGUUUGCGGCUGUUGUUCGAUAAUCUCGUCGGCUUGAGACGUCUGUGGAUCGACAACUGCGUCUGGCUGGACGACGACGUCAUGUCCGCGUUGCCGGUGUCGAAUCUCAAAGGGUUGGUUUCUCUAAAAAUAUUCGACGCAAAUCUGACAUACCGAUGUUUGCCAUACAUUAGACUUUUGCAUUUAAACGUCUUGACCAUCGACAAUGUUUCAUUAGGACCGUGCGUUGCAUUGAACGAUUUGUCUGAUUUCGAUUAUUGUUUAAAAACAUUUAGUUGUUUUGUUCCUGCUUUAACUCAACUCGAAUUACAACUGUAUUGUAAUCAAUCAAUUUUUAAAAAGUUACGUUUCGAAACACUAUUUUACAACGACAAAAAAAUUGCGUUUAAAUCUUACUUUAGAAUAUUGAAAAAACUGGUACUACUGUAUAGAUACACUUAA